UUCCACUAGUUGCUUUUAGAUAAAUGUCGGCUAUUCUGUUUAUAAUGCAAGAUCUGUCAUGCCGCUACUUUUAGAAAAAGAUGUUAACAUUGAGUUACAUAUCGUUAGUUUUUUUUGUCUGGCUAGGUUAUUGCGAAGAACAAUAUUGUUCCAUCGACAGUGCAGAAAGUUGUAAUGAAGAGAAAGAAAUUAAUUUAUACAAGAAAGUUGCUAACGAACAAUACGUUAAGUAUUAUCAUGCAAUUGAAAAAGCAGAAACAAGUUACAAACCAUGUAAUAAUACAAACAAUGGUUGCUUUAAUGAUGUUAUCACUUUCGACUUAAAAACUUUUAGAGAACAAGGUUUAAAUAGAGAUCUAGUGAAUACUGCAAAAAAUAGAGGCACAUUUUAUCAGAUAAUACAAGGAAAGGUAUAUAGACAAAAGGAUUGCAUGUUUCCAUCAAGAUGUGCUGGAAUAGAGCAUUUUCUUUUACAAUUGGCUCCUGAUUUACCAGAUAUGGAUUUAGUGAUAAAUACACGAGAUUAUCCUCAAUCAAGCAAACAUUUUGGUGGUCCAUUGCCUAUUUUCUCAUUUAGUAAGACGCAACAAUAUUAUGAUAUUACAUAUCCAGCAUGGGCAUUUUGGGAAGGUGGUCCAGCAAUUUCUUUAUAUCCCCGUGGUCUUGGAAGAUGGGACAAACAUCGUAUAUACUUAGAUAGAGCUAGCAAUAGCACACCAUGGGAAGAAAAAGAAAAUAUAGGUUUUUUCAGAGGUUCUAGAACAAGUUCAGAGCGUGAUAAUUUAAUACUCUUGAGUCGAAGUAAACCAGACUUAAUAGAUGCUCAAUAUACUAAAAAUCAAGCAUGGAAAUCCGAAGAAGAUACAUUAUAUGCAGAUCCAGCUGCUGAAGUUACUUUUGAAUCUCAUUGCAAAUAUAAAUAUUUAUUUAACUAUAGAGGUGUUGCAGCAUCAUUUAGACAUAAGCACUUGUUUUUGUGUCGAUCUUUAAUAUUUCAUGUUGGAGAUGAAUGGACUGAAUUUUAUUACAAUGCAAUGAAACCUUGGAUUCAUUACAUACCUGUUCCUAAGGACGCUAAUCGAACAGUAUUAGAGGAAUUAAUUCACUUUGCAAAAAGUAAUGACGAAUUAUCCAAGAAAAUUGCAUAUCGUGGAAGGGAUUUUGUGUGGGAUAAUUUGAAGAUGUCGGAUAUUUUACAGUUUUGGAAAAAACUCUUACGAAGGUAUUCUAAACUUUUAACCUACAAAAUUAUUUUAGAUGAAAAUUUAAUACGAAUCAACAAAUAGGGGAAAUUUUAAUAAUAGUACAAGGAACAUUUAAUAUAAAUAAUUUUAUAUAUCUUUUUAUUAAAAUUUCAAUUUUUGUAUAUAAAAUGUUAAUCAAUAAAAAUAAUUUUGAUAAUGA